AUGUCCCUCAAAUACAUUGAAAAUUCAAGAAAAAUCUUAUGUAUAGGUAGAAACUAUGCUGCCCAUAUCAAAGAAUUAGGUAAUGCUAGACCUAAAAGACCAAUGUUUUUCAUGAAACCUCCAACUUCAAUCUUAAAACCAGGUGAAGGUCCUUUACUUAUUCCUAAAGGUGUCAGUGCUCAUUAUGAAGUAGAAUUAGCAUUUAUCUUGAAUAAAGAUUUAAAACAUUUACCAACUACUUUCUCCAAACAAGAUGCCAUUGAUUCUAUUGAAGGUUAUGCCUUAGCCAUUGAUAUGACAGCAAGAAAUGUUCAAAAUGAAGCUAAAGCUAAAGGAUUACCUUGGACUUUAGUUAAAGGAUUCGAUACUUUCUUACCAUUAUCAGGAUUAAUCCCUAAAUCCAAGAUCCCCGACCCUUAUAAUGUCAAUUUGAAAUUAUCAGUUGAUGGUCAAGUUAAACAAGACGAUAAAACCGAUUUAAUGAUUUUCCCUAUUGAAGAAAUUUUGGUUCAUAUGUCGUCAAUUAUGACAUUACAAAAGGGAGACUUAAUUUUAACUGGUACACCAAAAGGGGUUGGUCCAGUUCAACCAGGUGAAACUUUAGAUGCUAGUUUAAGUGUAGAUGGAGAAAUCUUAGAGUCUAUUAGUGUUAAAGCUGAAGAAAGUGCUAGUCCUUAUUUUUUUGAAGAAUCUUAA